AUGCUGCCCGAAGAGCCUCUCCUCCCCUUCGCCUUCCCGCGAGCUGCUUCUAUCAAUGAAAGCUGUUUGCACGUGGACUGGCUCAACGCGCCCAUCCGCGCCGAGCUACUGCGGCUUCCAGCUCGCAAAGCAGCGGAUCCGCUGAAGUUGAGUCAGGCGGACCGGCAAAACCAAAAGAUAUAA